AUUCUACUGUUCUUUCUCUAUUCUAUUUUAGCACAUUUUUGUGUUUUGAAUCCUAAUUUUUGGUUAAACUUGUUGCUGUGUAUAUUAAUUUUAAACUUGUUCCUCUCUAUUUCCUCUGUGAGUUCGCUUUCUAUUUUCAUCUUCACUUCUCUGCGAUAUCGUCGAUGUUAGAAUUGGAGCUUCACAAUUUAUCCGACGACGCCGCUUCGCAGCAACAAGGUUCUGCUAGCGUCAUGCUGCGAAGCGACAGUACUAAGGUGAGCUCGCCUCAUAAGUGGGACGAUGCUGAGAUUGUGUUUUUGAAGGACAAUGUGGCAAUUCAUCCAACGCAGUUUGCAUCAGAAAGAAUUAGUGGAAGAAUGAAGCUGUUUAAGCAAGGCACUUCCUUGUUCAUGACUUGGGUUCCUUCCAAAGGCCAUAGCUCAGAGGCGAGCCUUUCUGAGAAAGAGAGAAGCCUUUACACCAUAAGAGCGGUGCCCUUCACUGACAUUAGGUCCAUCCGGAGGCAUUCACCUGCACUUGGAUGGCAAUAUAUCAUUGUUGUUCUAUCAUCAGGACUUGUUUAUCCUCCACUGUACUUCUAUAGUGGAGGAGUCAAAGAAUUCCUUGCUACAAUUAAGCAACAUGUUCUUCUUCUGAGAUCCGCCGAAGAUGCAAAUGUGUUCCUUGAAUCCUAA